GCCAAAAAUCGCCGUGAACAAAAUAUCGAAAGUGGUCAUCCUGCUGGCUGGCCCGGGGUGUUCGCGGCGUGGAAACGGCCUCCUCCUGAAACCUGUCCCCGUGAUAUCUGUGCGAUUCGACCGUCGCCGUUUUGGGGGUACGUGAAAUCCAGCCAGCGCCCGCGAAUGUGUGUGUUGUUGCCGCGCACACCGAGGAGUAACAACAGCAGCAACGAGCGAGGGAAGUGAAUUUGCCCGAUGAGGUGGCUCUGGCAAAGGUGAGCCUCCCCCUUUCUGUGUCCGUGGUGUUGUCGUCAUCGGGUAGUGUCUCUGCGGGAAGUGGUGGUGCGGUGGUAGUGAUCUAAAUUGCUUAACAGGUAAUUAAUCGGCCAGCAAGGAGCCCCCAACAGAGGGGCACCAGAAAUCGACCCCGGGGCGAUGAUGUUUUUGUGUGUCGUAAUGCGCCCCCACCGGGGAUUGAUACGGCGAUGACCGUGGCCAGGUGGUAUCCGUCCGUAGUGAUAAGGCCCUGAAAGGAUUGCCUAUCAUGAGCAUUACCGUGGAAACUCAGUUCAACGAGUACACUGAGAUGCGUUCGACUUAGGUGUGUUUGGAAAUGGAAGCAGCGGAAUGAUAUCAUCCGUCAGAGCAUGCGAGGGCAUUCUCUGUGUAUCUAGUUUCCGAUGCCUUUUUGGUUUAGAUAAAUACAAGCGUGGCCGCAGUCCUUCUCUGUUUGGUCCCGCAGUGACAAGAAGUGAUAAGAAGUGUAAACUCGCCGCGAUGAUUGUUAAGUGGCUAUAUGUGUGUAGCGUGUGUGUGCCUGAUAACAUCAUCUCCAAUGCCUCCUACGAGCAGCAGUUAGUGGUUCCACUUAAGCCCAAAACCCAGUAACUCCAGGACGGUAUCAUGUGAACGAUGCCCGCUAACGCUCCUGUCCGGGAAUGCGUUAGCCUUGGAGCGCAACGCAGCAGUGGGUGGACGAACAGCAGGAACAACAGGACCUUGACCUCAAUAGCCCCCUCCCUAGCCGUGUGUGUAUGUCUAUCUGCGGCAAUCGAAGGAAAACCAUUUUGAUCGCGCUGAACUGCUGCCUCAAUGCUGCACCGAGAUGCAACUCCGUGCAAGCGAAUUGUGGUAUCUCUACACUCGCUCAACACAAGGAAACUAAACACACACUCCCCCCAGCCCCCGGGGAGUACCACACUUUGCAUAUCGAUUUGAUUAAGUAAUACCCAAAACGGGUCCGCUAUUCUUUCUGCUGGUCGCCGGUGCUUCGCUGUGUCAUCGUUCGUUGCUCGAGCGACUAAAUUGGAUUGAUAGCAGAGGGCGGACGGGCGGUGAUGACAGUGGCGGGGUAUUGGAGAUUGCAUGCAGGAGCAGGAAAACUGUUUUCGGAUUUUCCCCUGAGGCAAUCAACGAACAUUAGAUCGGGAAUUGCCUCGCUUGGGUUGCUGAUUGUUAGAGAGAAGAACCAACUACUUUCCACGGAGCAACAGAGCGCCAAAGUCGUACGAUACGCUGUUUGUGUCGUAACCCGAUGAGCCAGUUGGAUAGAAUAAAUUUUGGGCGUACGGAGUCGAAAAAGUUCGUUCGGCAACUUGAGGAAUGUCUAGAUAAGAAAAAUGGAUGUUGGUUUGUAUGGGGGGUGGGUUGUUAUCGCGCCAACGGUAACUGAGAAAUGGCAGAGUAUAAUUUGCUGCCAAUGAUUACGAUUCGGAUGUCAUGGAUUGCUGCGGCUCAAUGACGACACUUAGAUCCAUGCAGCGCACGAAAUCAACUCCAAUAACGUUCAUAAGAAUCAGCCUGUCAUCACCGUUAGGCGGCGAUUUCUAUAUAAGUGAUUCAAAAUAUGACUUUCGCCCAACUUAACCAACAUGCAUGGCCAGAAAAUGCCGGUGGGUGGUGGUGCGUCAGUGAAUCAAAUUAAUUGGAUCAUGCUUUGGUUGUCCGGAUUCCCGGUGACCCUAACGAGUGGCAACACCAUAGCGACACAGCGACGACGUCAAUUUUCGGGCCAAUUUUCGAUGAGUUCUACGUUCAAGAUUAAUUUACAACUACGUCAACACACCCGUGGCUCGAUGAACGAAAAUAUAUGUUCAAUGUCCCAUUCUGGGACGGUUCUUGGAUGGUGGUGAUCCGCAUGUGGGACACCAGUUGCUGUUUUCUCCGUCCAGAGGAUAUGGUUGCUACGACUUAUGACUCAGGGGGUUGGAUUUGCCUGGUUAGUUUGAUGAAUUACGCAAGACAUAGAAUUCCCGAGGACUGACUGACUGCCACUUGCACUAACAAAUUAUUUCUUGAUAUCGGUCACCCUCUCCUUCCAUCUCUCUCGUGCGUCUCAUGCUGAGUAGAGGUUAAUUGCAACACGACACCAUGCAAUGAUGAUGAUGAUACACGUGGGCUCUGUUUAGAGCACUGGCCAGGCUCGCCGGCCUUCUCGUGGCCGCCCGGCACGAGACAGUAAUUAAAUGACACAAAACGAGGUAACAAGUUCGAGCGAGCAAGCAGGCACACGAGGAAG